AUGGAAAAACAGCGGACUCUCAUCGAUUUGCCAUUUGAAGUCCUCGAUCUGAUAUUAGGGGAACUAAAGAAUCUGACAGAUAAACUGCACUUGGCCCAGGCUCAUGAAUAUUUGGGAAAAGCAUUUGCCUACCACAGCCGGCUUGAAUAUAAGAUUUUCCAACCUUUUUCCGCAACUUUCGAAUUAUUUGUGGUUAUUGUAAAGGAAUGUGGAUCGACUAUUGAAGAACUUUCUAACUAUUAUAUGAAUAGCCCCCACUGGAAUGAUGAGUUGGCUAAGUCUAUAGAGAAGUACUGCCCAAACCUAAAAACUGUUAAACUUCAUGUUUUCGGAGAUAAUUGUGAAGGUGUGCAGAUUUUUUUGAAAAACAUUAGUAAAUCAUUGACAUCGGUUGAACUUAAUAUUCGUCCGUUUGUCGAUCCAAAAAAAAUAUUCGAAGCCGUGGCGGAAAUGUCUAAUCUAAAAAGGUUGACAUGCGUUAAUUACACGUUCGAUGAAGUUUGUCAGAUACAAAAAUUGAUUGCUUUGGAGGAGUUGGUAAUCGAUUCCGCGAAUCCUUACCAUCCACCGCCAAUAAAUCUUCUCGAGAUUUGUGCACCACUUAUUAAUCUUAGACGCCUGACGGCGCGUUUCAUAGCUAUAAUGCCCUCGGAAAUGCCUCAUUCGAUGAUUUGGCCAGAAGUGGAGAGUCUAUCAUUAAAUAGCUGUGAAAUAUUUACAAAUUUUCCCGAUUGUCCCAAGCUUAAAACUUUGGAUAUUGCAUAUACUAACAGCCACGUCGAGGGCUUUCUCUUUGGUUUUAUUUUGCAAAACGGACAAAAUAUUGAAAAGAUUAAUGAGAAAGUCAAACCUCCUCCAUUCGAUGGAGAGAGCUUCCUUCAAGUGCUUCGAUCGUGCCCAAAGUUGCAAGCUUUUUACACUCCAAUGCAGGAUAUUAAAAUUUACCAAGCUUAUGUGUCUUCCCUUAUUGCGACUCUUAAGGAUAUAGGUGUCACGUCCGAGGAACCCUUCAGACUAAUUAUAUAUUCUCGUGGCAAGUUCAAGUGGAUUCAUCGAUUAAUUCCUCGGACCUCUCAUCCUGAAUUAAUCGCUCUUGAUUAUCUGCACAGAUACUAA